AAAAAAAGAGAGAGAGAGUGAGCGAGCGAGCAAGAGGGGGGACUCGUCUUUUCGGGGUGUUUUUCUUCCUCCCCUGCUCCUCUCCACACUUUCUCACGGCGCCGCGGCUCGGACGGCUGCGAGGUUUGGAGAGCGGCUGGGUUCGCGGGCCCGCGGGGUGCAGCCGCCCGGACUUGGCCGGGCUCCGCCGCCUCCUCCUUCCUCCUCCCCUCGCUUCCCCGCCCUCCGCUCCGCCGUACACUUGAUCCGCGGCGACUCUCGCUGCCUGGCCGGGGCGCCCCGCACUCCGGCCCGGACCCCGCGCGCUCCUGCAGCUCGGGCGCGGACGGACGCGGCGGGGUUUGUUUUUCUCGGCCCGGAGAGCAGUCGCGGAGCGUAGAAGAGGGCAUCGGGCUACACCGGGCGAUUUCGUGGUUUUUUUUGUUUUUGUUUUGAGAGCGUGAGUGAGGCGAUCGUCCAGAUCCGAGCGGGAGGACGAUGUCAAACGUGCGAGUGUCGAACGGGAGCCCCAGCUUGGAGCGGAUGGACGCCCGGCAGGCGGAGCACCCCAAGCCCUCUGCCUGCAGAAACCUCUUCGGCCCGGUGAAUCACGAAGAGUUAACCCGGGACUUGGAGAAGCACUGCAGAGACAUGGAAGAGGCGAGCCAGCGCAAGUGGAAUUUCGAUUUUCAGAAUCACAAGCCCCUGGAGGGCAAAUACGAGUGGCAGGAGGUGGAAAAGGGCAGUUUGCCUGAGUUCUACUACAGACCCCCGCGGCCCCCCAAAGGCGCAGGCAAGGUGCCGCCGCUGGAGAGCCAGGAUGUCAGCGGGAACCGCCAGGCGGUGCCUUUAAUUGGGUCUCAGGCAAACUCAGAGGACACGCACUUGGUAGACCCAAAGCCUGACCCGUCAGACAGCCAGACGGGGUUAGCGGAGCAGUGCGCAGGCAUCAGGAAGCGACCUGCCGCAGACGAUUCUUCUCCUCAAAACAAAAGAGCGAACAGAACAGAAGAAAAUGUUUCAGACGGUUCCCCCAACGCAGCUUCUGUGGAGCAGACGCCCAAGAAGCCAGGCCUCCGAAGACGUCAAACGUAAACAGCUAGAGUUAAGAAUGUUUCCUUGUUUAUCAGAUACAUGGCCGCUUGAAGAAGCAAGGAAGAUAUACAUUAAAACAUUUAAAUACAUAUCGCCGACUCCAUGGAAUGGACAUCUUGUAUAAGCACUGAAAGCAACAACACAAUAACACUAAAAUUUUAGGCACUCUUAAAUGACCUGCCUCUAAAAGCAUUGGAUGUAGCAUUGUGCAAUUAGGUUUUUCCUUAUUUGCUUCAUUGUACUACCUGUGUAUAUAGUUUUUACCUUUUAUGUAGCAUAUAAACAUUGGGAAAGGGAGGGCGGGUGGGACUGAGGAAUUGGCAUGGGGAUAUUGUAAAAUUUGCUUCAGUUUAUAGCAAGGAGGCAACUAUUUGCCUUGCAUAAAGAGAAGCAAUUUUGGGGAAGGGUUUGAAUUGUUUUCUUUAAAGAUGUAAUGUCCCUUUCAGUGAGAACUGGUAUUUCAUUUUUAAAAUCAUAGAAAUUUGAACACUGGCUACAAAUAGUUGCUAUUUAUUUUUACAUGAAACAUAUUCUCAUUCGGGAGUUCUGCUUCUGUUAUGUAGCAACAAAUGGCUUAAAAAAAAAAAAACCCAACUAUCUGCUUUGUCUUCCCUAAAAAUUGGAAUUUACCAGUUAAUUUUCAGUUAUUGAUAAUCACUCUAGGUUAACUCUGGGCAAAAACCUGGGGUGUAUGAUGGGGAGUUCCAAAUGCUCAGAUUUGGGUAACUUUUACAUUUGUUAAGAAAAUGUGUUUUCUUUUCACUUGGGUUGUGUACACACAGUCAAAAUAAUUCUAUGUUCCUGGAUAUUUUUAAAGAUCUAAGUAACCAUACACACACAAAAUAAUGAAAUAAUUUUGAAUUUAAAGCUUCAUUUUAUUUGUGAAUUUGCCCACAGGAAAGUGGUGUUUUUAAAGGAAGGUGCACAUAGAGAAAUGCACGCUGGUAGGAUAAGUGAAAUGGAUACUACAUCUUUAAACAGUAUUUCUUCAUUGCCUGUGUAUGUGUAUGAGGCAAAAGCAUUUGAAGUGUACCUGUGUACAUAACUCUGUAAAGACACUGAAAAAUUAUACUAACUUAUUUAUGUUAAAAAAGAUUUUUUU